ACGCUACUGGCCCAAUUACGAACAAAUCAAACAAGUUUACUAACAUCUUUUCCAGUGGUAUCGCCGCUGAUAAAACUCCCCAGCCCCCAGGCGGUGGGUGGUGUGUGGCUUAGCCGCUGUUACAUAUGCCAUACAAUUCGAGUUGCAGUCGUUUUAUGAGGCAAAAGUCAAAAUUGUGAAAAUGAGCCUGACCAUCAGGUCUUAUUGCCCAGCUUUAUCUUCAUCUUCACAGCGCCCAAACAGUCUAUUCGACUCCCCGAUUAAAUGGCCAUAUCCUCCUCAUGUAAAAACUUCGUACUUGAAACUUUAUAGGGGUCAAUUUGAUGUAGGGAGGGGAGUGAAACACUUGUCGGUGAGUGGCGGCACUGAGAGGAAGAGGAUGGCUAGCACGGCGGCGUCUUCUUCAAUGCACGUAUCUCCCUGGGAUGAUAAACCUUACCAGGUGCUACCUGGUGGGGAAAUAGCUUACUACGACGAGCGGGACGUGGUGUCGUUUCUCGAUCCACCCAAACAACUUAUUCCUUUAGAUCCAUCUUCUUACAACCCCGCUACUUAUCUCUGGAAAAAGAUUGAUGACAUCCCAGAGGAAAGGAGACAUCGUUUGCUGGCAUUGCUUAAUCCCAGACUUAUUUCAAGAGCUUGGGAGGUAGCAGGCACAAGAUAUGAUAAUUCAAACUUGGCAAAGAAAAGUUCAUCUAACUUGUUUGGCGAUGAAACAGGUGUGAAGUUGCUUGAAUUUUGGCACUGCAGAACGAAUGGAGGGCCCUUGGCUGUAGCCUGGAUUAAUUACUUCAAGAAGGCUUUAUUUUGCUGCAAGGAUGGCCAAACUUUUGGAAGAGUUAUUGAUGCAACAGUUCUGAAUGGAUUAUCGCGUUCAUUUGCUCCAUUAUACUUCAAAGUGAAAGAGGUGACUGAAGUGAUGGCAACAGAGCAGCCAUGUGAUGUGGCAUAUGAAUUUGGAAGUGGAGAUUUUGAUUUCCAGGAAUACCCUCAAGGAUUCCCAAAACCAGGAAAACAUCCAUGGCCGUUUAAUGAUGAGGUUGUGAUAUAUGUAAGAAACGUUGGGCCUGGUGUUAUGGUGGGACAAGUAUGGCAAGAAGGACAAGAUUUGAAACAAGUGCCUAAGAAACUAUGUAGUGAGAUUUUAAUGGUCAAAGAUUAUGAUGCACAAUUAGAUAAAAGUUGGUGA